GUCUCUCGCUCUCUCCCCAGACUCUCUGGGAGGGAACAGCCUCACCCUCAUGGUGGCCUGUGUGAGCCCGGCCGACUCCAACCUGGAGGAGACGCUGAACACGUUGCGUUACGCUGACCGCGCGCGCAAGAUAAAGAACAAGCCGGUGGUGAACCGGGACCCCAGCACGGCCGAGCUGCAGAUGCUGCGGAAACAGGUGCAACAGCUGCAGGUGCAGCUGUUGCAGGCACGGGGCGGAGGGAUCGCCACGAUGCAGGGCGGCAGCGAGGGGCAGUCCACCAGCGUGCAGUCGGUGCUGGAGCGCAACCGCAGCCUGCACGAGGCCAAUCAGCAGCUGACCAAGGAGCUACAGGUGGCCGUGGAUCACACGGCGCACCUGUGUGAGAAGGUCAUCCUGACGGAGAUGGAGCGUGAGAAGUUAUUGACGCGCUUCGCCGAGCUGAAGGAUCACAAAGCGUGUCGGCUGGACAUCAUGUCCCUUGUAGACUCGCAGGGAGACGAAGGGGGGCUCAGGCAACAGCUGGAGCUGCUCCAGAGUCUCCAGGAGCUCAUCAAUGAGCUCGAGACGGACACGUCGAGUCUCGACCCCCUGGAUGCGGAGGGGAAAGAGGGAGGGAGCCCGGGCGAUGAGGUGUGCGUUGCUGGUGAGGGUGGCGGUGAGGGUGGCGGUGAGGGCGGCGGUGAGGGUGGCGGUGAGGGCGGCGGUGAGCGUCUGAGCGACUCGUCGUUCUCGGCGAGACACGCGCUGCGCCAGGCACAGCUCACCAGGGAGCUGCUGGAGCUCAACCACGCCCUCGAGAUGAAGGAGCAGCUGGCGAGGGGCGCGUCCCGGAACGACGGCAAGAUGGACGAGCUGAGCACCGCUUACACGGAGGGCAUCAAGGGCCUGGAGAAGGAGGUGUCGUGCCUGCAGCGCGAGAAGGAGGAGCUCACCAGCGCCCUGCAGGCCGCCAUGAAGGACACGGCGCACGCAAAGCUGAGCGAGCAGCGGCGCAAGCGUCUGCAGGAGCUCGAGGCGCAGAUGAACGACCUCAAGAAGAAGAUCACGGAGCAGACGCGGCUGCUGCGCCUCAAGGAGAACACAGUCCGCAGUGUCAGCAAGCUGCACUCGGAGAUACAGGCGAUGAAGUCUCAGCGCGUGCAGCUGAUGAGGCAGAUGAAGGAGGACGCGGAGAAGUUUCGCCUGUGGAAGGCGCAGAAGGACAAGGAGGUGCUGCAGCUCAAGGAGAAGGAUCGCAAGCGUCAGUACGAGCUCGUCAAGCUGGAGAGAGACUUCCAGAAGCAAGCGGCCGUGCUGCGCCGCAAGACCGAGGAGGCUGGCGCUGCGAACCGGCGUCUGCGCGACGCUCUCACGCGGCAGAAGGAGGUGGCGGAGAAGAGGAAGGAGACGCAGAGCAGAGGCACGGAGACCCUCGCCACGCGCGUCAAGACGUGGCUGUCCCACGAGCUGGAGGUGCUGGUGAGCAGCGAGGACGCCCGUCGCCACCUCUCCGACCUGCUGGAGGACCGCGCCGUCCUCGCCAGCGAGCUGGCGAGCCUGCGGCAGCAGCAGGAAGAGUCGCGGGCACCCUCACAGCAGCAGCCACCCGUCAAGAUACGGCGCCGCACCCUGUUGCUGUCCGAGCUGGAGGAGGCCCUGGGGCCCUCGGAGGAGCUGAACCAGCAAAUCGUCAGCCUGGAGACGGAGAUUGGACUACGCAGCGCUCAGAUCGCCGACCUGCAGCAGAAGCUGCUGGGCGUGGGCUCGGAGGAGCGUGGGCGCCAUCGCUGGGACGCCAUCACCACCAUCCUGGAGGCCAAGUGCGCCCUGCGCUGGCUACUCGAUCAGUUGGUGGCGGCGAGGGUGGGCAGCGCCCGCGCCAGCGAGGAGCUGCGUGAGGCGAGGGAGGCUCGUGACGAGGCCUUGCGCAGCACCACGGAGGAGAGGGACAGGGCCCGGGAGGAGAGGGAGAGGCUCACGGAGGAGAUGGGCCGGCUGGAGACGGAGCACCAGGACAAGGUGCUGCUGCUGCUCAAUCAGCUGCAGAGCAGCUCGAGGCAGCAGAGCGGGGAUCAGCAACGUGACAGCAAGCUGUGCCUGCAGGUGACAAACUCGCCCACUCACCAACCCACUCACUCACUCACC